UACGGAUUGCAAUCGAUUAAGUGCAGUUGCAGCAGCAGCACGGCUUUAAAGGGGAAACAGCAGCAGUGCCUAGGGGAAUUGUUUGUUUCCUUAGAAAAAAACGAAACCGAGUGCACAAUAGUGGUGAAAAGUCGGAAAGGACUCCUCCCGAGAAGAAACGAAGCAGUGUCACGCAGCCAAAAUGUCACCACGCAGAAGUACCGUGUUGGAAUAUCUAUUGCUUGCCUCAUUCAUCACCUCCGCACUGUGCGCCACGACCCGCGGCCAGAUCCGCGUUGUCGGGCUGAAGAACGAGAACAGCUGGUUCACUGGCGAGCUGAGCGUGCUGCAGAAGGUCUACGAUGACUGCCAGGAUAAGCAAGAUUUCACCGGGUGCCUCAAGGGCAAGGCCCUGACCGCCAUCUCCCGCGCUGUCGAUAUGGAAUCGAUCCCACUGCUGGACGGAGUGGCACUGGUUAAGCAGAAGACUGCCGAAAACGCGAGCAUCCCGCUGCUGUCCGACGCCCGCGCCCUGAGCGGCUUCGGUCUCGGAGAACUCGAUGUCUCGAUCCUGUCCAAGCUGAACAAGUUCUUCCAGACCCACUCGCUGCGUGUCGAUAUGCAACAACCAUCCGGAACGGCUGCCCGUGGAAACAAGGGCAACAAGCACCACCGUUACAUCAUCGCCGCCGUCCUGACUGCCAUGGGUAUUGCAGGACCCAUCGGUCUGAAGGUGCUGGCUGCUGUCGCCGGUAAGGCUCUGGUCAUCUCCAAGGUUGCCCUCACCAUCGCUGGUAUCCUGGCGCUGAAGAAAAUCUUCGCCCACGAUCGCCAUGAGGAAACCAGCUUCCAGGUGCACGCUGGACAUGAUAACAGACGAACUGCCUACGUAGUCCGCAACCCAGCCAAGAUGGCCGCCAGCGUCGACCCCUACCGGUACUACUACGAGCAACAGCAACAACAACAGCAGCCACAGCCGUACGGCACCAUGUAAACUCGACCAAACAGAAUCCGCUGAAUCCGGAAAAGUCACCGAAAACGCAGAAAAGCAAACGAGUCCAUUUUGUAAAUUAAUAUUUAUUUUUAACUUAUUACCACCAGCGUUGUUAAAUUAAUUGCUAUAAGUGCCUAUCGACCGAUACUUAUUACGUUACGAAAAAAGGACCAAAAAACAUAAAAGUGGCCACAACUAGCAAAACCCUGCCUCAAUCUGAAGACCUGUGCCCGGACGCGAUUGACCAUCAAUUAAGGGAUGGUCACACGUCGGACAGAUCAGGAAACAGCAUCAGGCAUUGUAAAUUAACCAAAACGAGCAAACUACAGCAUUGAUACCAAAAAUUAGAAAACUCAGACAGAACAGCUUACACUUAAGCAGACAGCGACACAAUACCGAAGACAUACACACCCACAACACACACACAUACAUACAAAAGAAAUAAAACACUAAACCCCUAGGUAAGAUUUCAAGUGUUAGCGGUAAGCGAAUUGACCAGUCGAUUCGAAUUUAUAACGAAGCGACAAUUUGUGCGAGCGCAUGAGAUUUUAACUGGCAGUCAUGGUGUACCUAGUACUGGAAUUUAUGUUUACAUAUUACCUAGGUAAGACGAGGAGACAUUUUUCCCCCCUAUUGAUUGGAGGGAGAAUGGGCGGCUCGUGUUCGCGCGCACCGAUGCGUGUUGAUCAAUAAACGAAACGAUGUAAGCAGAAUCAAG